AUAUUACUAAUAUUGCUUUGUUGGGAAUUUAUAAGUAAUAGUAUGUGCUAUAUUGUACACAAUGAAUAACAAUAAAUCAAAAAUAUAUACACAAAGAGUGCCGGUGACCGAAAAUUGACUGAACAGUUUAAAAUUUAUUUUUGGUAGAUUGCAAACGGUCAAUUAUUUCAACCAGAAUGUACCAAAUUUUUGUCAAUCAUACUGAUGAGUUGAUAAUGCUAUGAGAUUUCUGAAGAUUGAUUUGAAUUCGUUAAUAUGCCUACUGGAAAUCGCUCAAGUCACUUUUAAAAAUGUUGUUCCUAAGCCCCUCUAUACUUCAUUUGAAUAUUUAAAAUGUAUAAAAUGUUUAAAUGUUGUUAUUUUAAAUUUGAAUAAAAUAUCUUAAAAUUGGCCUAACUGAUCCUAAGUAGACGUUAAGAAUUCAAAUCAGUUUUCAGAAGUCUUUUCGCGUUAUCAGGCCAUCUUUAGAAUUGACAAAAGUACAAACAAAUGAGCAUAUUAUAUUGGUUUCCAUUCACACUCAAUAAUAUGAAACGCAGAUGAGGUGACUUGUAUACGUGAACGUAUGGUUAGGUUAAGUUCAGUUGCUCAACUAUGGGGGUAUACUAUUUACUGUCUGUAUAACUUACUUUACUUUCGGAAUUUACCUUUUUUACCACAAUUAGUCGUAUCACCAUGUCUGCAAAUAGCUUCGUAUCGCUUGAGAUGAAUGUGCAGUCCGAAACGGAAGUAAUACACCAAGUGUUCGCGGAUCUGCUGUCGAACUGUUCGAAACCACUGGCGUAUCGUCGUGGUCCUGCUGGUCCACGCAAGGCAGAUGGCGACGCGCCCCUGGUCGAGAUGCCUUCAGCGACCGCCUUGAUGUUGAUGUUGUUCGAGGAUCUCAGAACAAAGUCUCAGGAGUCCAACAUUCAGCUAUUACGCAGGAGUUAUGGCACCUGCAGCCCUCGACCAAGGUCCAGUGUCGUCUGCUUCGCCAGAGGUUCGACCGCCGCCGGAAACUCGUGAUGCCGCGUCUUCGAGGCUCCGUCGUCGAGCGGUUUCAAUGCCGAACAUGGCUGUGCUGCAGUUCGGCACAGUAGAGUCCACAGGUGGAUCGAUGAAUGUGGUCAAGUUCAUAGAUGGCUCGCCGAAAUUGGCUGUCCACGAGACAAGUUUCAAUGAUCCAAAAACCGGUGACGGUUGCAGCGAUUGGAGCAGCAUACGCUCAGACGAUAGCCAGCGCGGUAAUACCCAAGCGACGCCGCCGUUCGUUUUGGAGCCGUACAAAGAGACGAAAAAGCACCGGACAUACGACGGAGAACCGUAUUAUUCAAUUGCCGAUUUUCAUGAGUGAUGUGAGAUUUCUAGACACUGAAACUGGAAUUUCAAACAUUCCCGCGUUCGAAACGAUAAGACCACCAAGCCUUAUCAAAAAUCAUUAUCACCUCCUAAAUUUUUGUUUUUUAACCACCCAUGACGUCGACAAAAGUGACUUUUAUAAGUCAUUUCAACGACUUUGUCGUCUCCAUCACCGAGUUCCACGUGCCCCCGAAUUUAACGACAGCGAGUUUCCGAUGGCAACUAAUCUAUUGACUAAAAUAUUAUGAUUUAAUCUCAUUAGAGGAACCUGUUUUUUAAUUGAUAAUC